AAAUUACAGUCCCCUACUCUGUUUAGUGUUUCAUCUUCUUCUUCAUUCUCUCUUUCUCUCUCUAAUUCUGCGUUCUUCAGAGGGAGCUAUAGAGAGACAAAUGCAGCAGAAGAAGAUACAGGCUACCAUCAUUGAUACGUAUGUACAUUGAAUUGAAGAUAGAGAUAGAGAUAGAGAUAGAGAGAGAAAGAGAAAGAGAAGCAGAUAUCUCGAGAUGUGCUCCCUGACCUGACCUGACCUGGGAGAGAUCUUCGCGGAUCAGUGGCGAUUAAAAGCAAAGGCGGCGAAGAAGUUAAGUAGAGAGAGAAACGAACAAAUAUAUUGAAUUCGUACAGACAUAAUUUGGUUGUUGAAUCAUAGCAUCUUGAAAUAAAUGAGAGAGAGAAGAACAGCAGUCAUUAUUAUUAUUAUUAUGCUCGCUCCUUCCUCCAUUUCUGUCCCGUUGUGUUUGUAUUUGAGCUAUUAGCAAUGCCUGUUCCUUUCGAUACAGACUUUUACUACUAGUGUUAUUAUUUAUCCUAUUUCCAACAACUGCAUCGAUCGCUCUUUCCUUCUCUGCAAUUUCUCACGAAGAUGAAGUUCAUGAAACUCGGUUCCAAACCUGAUGCCUUCCACACAGAAGGAAACUGUAUAAGGUUUGUUUCAACCGAUCUGAUAUCAGAUGUGAUAAUAAUUGUUGGCGAGGUCAAGUUUCACCUUCAUAAGUUUCCACUUAUUUCGAAGUGCAAUCGCUUACAAAAACUCAUACACAAAGCGAAUGAGGAGAAUUCAAACGAGAUAUGUUUAGUCGACUUCCCAGGUGGUCCCAAAUCAUUUGAGAUUUGUGCAAAAUUCUGCUACGGGAUGACGGUUACUCUCAGCGCAUACAAUGUCGUGGCUGCACGAUGUGCGGCAGAGUAUCUAGAAAUGACGGAAGAAGUUGACAAAGGGAACUUAGUUUUCAAAAUUGAAGUAUUUCUCAACUCGACCAUAUUUCGAACGUGGAAAGAUUCCAUUAUCGUCCUACAAACGACCAAGCCUCUUCUCCCGUGGUCGGAAGAACUAAAGGUGGUGGGACGAUGCAUAGAUUCCAUUGCCUCGAAAACGUCUGUUGACCCAUCGAAUGUUACGUGGUCGUAUACUUAUAACCGCAAGUUACAGGAGACGCCUGAUAAAAUAACAGAGAUCAGGCUGAAACAACAGCUAAAUGAUAAGAUUGAUUCAAUUCCUCCUAAAGAUUGGUGGGUUGAAGAUAUAUGCGAUCUGGAUAUCGAUCUCUAUCGGAGGUUUAUGGUUGCGGUUCGAUCAAAGGGGAGAAUGGACGGUAACAUGAUAGGCGAGGCCUUGAAAACGUACUUAACACGUUGGUUGCCGAAUUCUGUUGAAGUUUUGGUUUCCGAGUCUCAGCGGAAGAGACAACGAGGUUUGAUAGAUAUGAUUGUUGGCCUAUUGCCUUCUGAUAAGUCGGCUUGUUCCUGUGGUUUCUUGUUGAAGUUAUUGAAAUAUGCUGUUCAAGUUGGAGUAGAGGAUACUGCCAUGGAGGAUUUGAUGAAGAGAAUUAGUAUGAAAUUGGAUGAGGCUUCAGUUAAUGAUCUUUUGAUGAUGACCCCUCCUGGGGCGUCGAGAAGUAUGAAAUACGAUGUUGAACUUGUCCAUAGCCUAGUUAGUCGUUUUAUGACUAACGAUUAUGUUGAAGACGAAACGGAGAGGAAUGCGGGUGGUGGUUUUGGUUUGGGAUGCGGAUCUAUAUUGGAUGUGGGUAAACUGAUUGACGACUAUCUUGCGGGAAUUGCUUAUGAUCCUAACCUUCCUCUUUCCGUUUUCGUCGAAUUGGCUCGUUUGAUUCCAUCGUCGGCUAGGCCAAUUCAUGAUGGUUUGUACAAAGCCAUUGACAUCUAUUUGAAGGAGCAUCCAAAUGUGACAAAAGCCGAACGAAAGAAGGUUUCUUCACUUAUGGACGUAAAGAAAUUAACGGCAGAAGCAUCCGCACACGCCGCCCAAAACGAGCGUCUCCCACUCCGAGUUGUAGUCCAGGUCCUAUUCUUUGAGCAAGUUAGAACAUCUUCUGCAAUUCAGCCGAAAAAUGAUUCAUAUUCAGACUGGGAGAAAUCGGUUGUAGUAGAAGACCGAAGGUCAUUGAGAAAACAACUGAGCCAGGUUAAGAUAUCUCGCAGCGAGGAGACGACGAAAUAUGGUAAGUUGACGAAAAAGGGUAGCAAUGGUCGAGAAAGUGGUUCUCAAUUGUUGCCUUCUAGGUCAAGACGGAUAUUUGACAAAAUUUGGAUGACUGUUGGAAAAGGUCACGGGAAUAGAGAGAAUUCUGAGACGUCGGGCAGUUCUCGUAGCCCGACAGCUUCUAUGGUUCAGGUGGAGGCGAAAUCGUUUAGAUCGUUAUCAACUAGAAACAGAAGGAAUUCGAUUUCGUGAUAAGCUUUACAGUAGGUUCUUUAUGUGUUUGUUGUUAAAUGUGCAUAUUUUCUUCAGGGAGGAAUUUGUGUUUUGUUGAACUCUGUUUCUUUCUUUUAAUUGUAUUUUUGUCACAAUUUUAUUAUUAACUUAUUUUCUUUUCCCACCUAAUAUUUGAAUUUACAGUUCAACUGACAAAAUUAGAGGACUU